CAAUCGCUACUCAUUACCUCUCAAUACAACUUGAAAGAAUCCCUUACGUCCAACAUUCAAGAUGCGUUACACCACUGCUCUCAUCGCUGCUCUGCAGGUCGCUGGCCUCGUCCAGGCUAGUCCCAUUCCCUCCAACAGAGAUGUCGCUGUGCCUGUCAACAGCCAAGCCCUUGACAUCCGCACCCCCGGAGACAUCGCCAACCUUGAUGCCGACAAGAUCGUCGAUCUCGAGGUCCGCGGCAUCGAGAAGCGUGCUACCGAUAUCACUCUCUCUGCGAACACUGGCUACUACAAGCGCGUGACCUACAAGGGUGCCGUCAUCCUGCUUCACAUCUUCUACGACCUGGCUGUCAACCACGUCGUCUUCUACUGGACCAUUGACGGCACGACCCCGGCUCCUGGCAGCAUCCCGCUCGCCUUCGACGACCCGAUUGGCGGUGGUUUCCCUCUCAGAGACUACACCCACGACACUCGCUACAACCUUGGAAGUGCUAUGCGCCCUGGCGAUAUCAUCAAGAUCACCCCUUAGAUGCUAGUCGGUCUAAAGCAUGACGGUCACUUGGAGAUGACCAUAGUCAAGCUCUUUGUUCAAGAUUUCGAUGGAUGAAUCAUCAGUCUGGUCAUCUCAACUCAAUGUAUUUCACAAGCCGGCCGUCAUUCAAUCACGUCAGACAGUCAGGAUGGCUCCCUGUAUUUGAUA